CGAAAGUAAGAGGGGACCUUUUUCUAUAUAAAGUUUUGUCAGUCUCCACUGGGACGUUGUAUAGUUUGGAGCUCUGUAACGAGUCAAGACAAAUUGGAUAUUAUACUUUCGAUCGUGUUACUCGAUAAGAAGAAAAGUGACGUUACCGUAAUUAUACGCGUUCUUAACAAGUUUUUCCAAAUCCACGAAACUCGUUUGUUUAUGUGAGCUGCCUGUCGAUAAAGCAUAAAUCAAAAAUUCGUUGAAAAAGAACGUAUGGACAAAGAUAAAAAGUAAAAGUAUAAUAAAAAUAGUGAGGAUACAGCCUGUGCAUGUACGCCGAAAAAAUGAUGCACGCAAUGAGCGAGCAUGCGGGUGGCGCGGCCGGUCUCGGCGUUGGUGUUCUACCCUUUGAUGCAAUGGCACUUUAUGAGCAACCACGACCUCGUUAUGCGUUAAAAAUGCCACGCGUUGUGCCUGAUCAGAAGGCCAAGUUUGAAAGCGACGAGCUCUUCAGAAGACUCAGCCGUGAGAGCGAGGUAAGAUACACUGGGUAUCGUGAUAGGCCGAUGGAAGAACGUCAAGUGCGCUUUCAAAAUAGUUGCCGUGAAGGCCAAGUAGAGAUAGCGUUCGCAGCGACCGGUACAAAUCUACAACUGGUCUUUGGUAACGCUUGUGGGACUUAUCCUCCUGAUCGAAGAGAGGAUUGUGAUUUUGACAAAGAACACGGCAAGGUUCACCUAAGAUCACACUUGAUAAUGAACGGCGUAUGUGUACGAUGGCGAGGAUGGAUCGAUCUUGAUAGAUUAGACGGUGUUGGUUGCUUGGAAUAUGACGAAGAACUAGCUGCCGAGGAGGACGCUCAUCUUCGCAAUCAACUAGAAGUUUACAGUCGACGUGGUCGAGAUUUGCACGAAAAGGCUUAUAGGAGUGGAGCUGCUCAACCGCCUCAUCUUAAUCAUCAUCACCUUCAUCAUCAUCAGGGACAUCACGUAACUGGCACCGGAGGUACAGGUACCACCAGUGCCGGAAUCGAGCCUCAUAUGACACAUCGGCAAGACCCAGAGAUGGAGGUCAGACUGAGAGCGUACUGAGACUCAACCUCUCAGAAAUGAAUGUGUCAAGGAUACAGUGAUAAAGUGGAUGAGUGAUAUCGUUAGUUGGCUAUAUUCGUAAUAGUACGAGUCUUUAACUACCUAAGGGAUUCAUAAUUAAUCAAUGGUGAUGAUUUAUAAUCAAUCAAUGAUGAUCGUUAAAAGUCCUUUCAUCUAUAAUAAAUGUAAAAAUAAGAUCUCUUAGGUGAUAAGAUUAAACUAGAUGUAUUUUGUAUAUAUUAUAUAUACACUAUACAUCUAUGUAUGUCUAAGAAGAAUAUUAACAAAAUUGUCAACGCAUCGCAUAUUUGUUCGGACUUUUGAUUUUACAUUAAGAUUUUAUAUAAAUUUUCAAUAAUAUUUUAUAAAUAAUUCUCCGUACGCUUGUGGCAUAUUUCCUUUUACUUAUAUAGCUUUUUGAAAUGUUGUGAUGAUACGUUUUUCUGUUUAGAUUUUAUGCGUUGAAAUCUACAACGACGAAGGACAUACAAAUGCUGUCAGGACAUGCAUGCGUCUAGAACGAUAAUUAUUUUGUAUUCAAUUAACACUUUUAGCACUAUCGUGCGUAUAUAGUUUAAUAAUAUGAUUUAUAAACAUACGACCUCUCUUUCUAAAUCCAUGACGAGGGUAUUCUUGGUACCGACGAUCAACGUGAACCAUGCAAAAGUACAAAGUAGUAAGCUUCUCGGAAAAGAAGAAGGAAAACGAUUGUAUUGCAUCAGAGGCUACGUUCGACUACGAAAUACAUGAAUCAUGAUAUGUCCACUCGUAUAUUCCCAGCUUCCUGAUGAAUCAUCAUCACGCAUUUUAUUUUAUUCAUUUCACCGGUUCAGCAUUAUGCUCGUUGGAAAAUUUUCUUUUUAUUUAGUUUUUCCUUUUUGUUAUCUUGUACAUAUUUGUAAAGAGUUUAAAUAUAAGUUUCGAUGAAA